AUUCUCAACCCAGUAACCCAACACCCUUUCCUCCGCAUCCUCUCUCCUCUUUCUUCCCCAUCUCCGAUCCUUCAAUGGCUGCCAGAGAGCCUUUCAACGUAACCGCCAAGUCCCCCAUGGCGGCCCAGCCGCACUCGCCGUGGCAUUCCCCGGUUCCGUACUUGUUCGGUGGCUUGGCAGCCAUGUUGGGUCUCAUUGCUUUUGCUCUGCUAAUCCUUGCAUGCUCCUAUUGGAGGCUCUCCGGGUAUCUUGAGGAAGACGGCUCCGCAGAGAGAGACCUCGAGGCCGGCGAGGGGAAGACCGACGACGAUGCCCAGAAGCCCCGACCUGUGUUUGAAGAGAAAAUCUUGGUGAUUAUGGCUGGCGAUGCGAAGCCGACGUUCUUGGCCACCCCCAUGUCUAGUCGGUCGUCUUCUUUUGGAGACAGUUGUAGCAGUUGCGGGAGAGAAAAGAACGAAAAGGCGCAGGUUCCGAACCCGCAAGGUGGUGGUACUGAUGUUGACGUACCACAAAUUGAGAACAGAGAGGACCGUGAGACCUCUGCUGAUCAGACCCAUUGAUCUCUUUAAUUCCUUUAGACUAUUGUAGUUUUCUGGUUCUAGAUAGCUAGGUUUAAUUGCGUCUUGUGGGAGCUCAUGCUACAAAUCUAUGAGCUUGCAUGUUUGCUUGGUUUCCUUUUUCUUUCCUUUUCUUUGUCAUCGGGAAAUGUAAAUAUGUUUGAGAUCAAAUGGAAGAAGUGCCCAACUCUUCAUAA